GCGGAGACGACCAGGAUGAUGACGGAUUUCCACGUGCUCGUGAAGUCCAUUCACCAAAUUCACCUCUCAACAAUAGAGGAUUUGGUGGAGAGCAAUUACCUAGAAGACCAGGUCUGCAGAGUGGGAGAAAUUUUACAUCGGGUGGAUCGUCGAGUUCUACAGCGCCAGCUGUAGCAAGCGGUGUUUUUCGGGAUCAGCUAAUGAGACAGGACUGGGGAAGCUCGCUGGGACAAAUGACGGAUAGUUUUUCUUAUGCGAAGACUGACACACGACUUCAAGUUCAUCCCACAUGUUGUUGUACUAGGUAGAUUUAUGACGCCGAACAACCCAAGGGGGAUAGAACAUCCUCUUCCACUGGUACUACAACAUUGAGAUUCACUGUUCUUGAUAGUUGCCUAGUAGAACAAGCUGUAGCUCCUGUCACCGUACCCUCACAUGAUCACGACCUUUAAUUUGCUCAAUUCUCGAGUCGUGCUCGUGACCAGUUGAGCGCUUAUUGGUGGAACAACGAUGGUGGCGGUGGAGGAUCACUUGCCGAUAGUUACCUUUUCAACGGUAUGUCAAGUAGUAGCCGCGGACUAGCGGGUACUGGUGGUAGAGUCGGUGGACCUGGUGGAGGUGCCGGAGGCCCUUCUGGAGGAAGCACCAGAUCUGUCUAUCCAGCGUCAUUGCAGAAUCCUAUGCUCCUAGGAGUUGGUGGCCCAGACUAUGACGGAGACGAGGAGUACAGCGCUGUGACGAAUGUAGACGAGUUUCUUGGGCAUUUGUAUUUACGGCUUUUGCAUUUUCAAAUAAGAUAUGGAGAACAAAAAUCGUUCAUUCCUAACAUCGACGACAUGAUGUUGCAGCAGUAGAUGCGCCCGAUAGAAGGCUCUGCUCUAACUUCUAAUCUCCAAAUACUACGAAGCGAAGGGACUUCACGGACGCGUCGCGGAUCAUCUAGGCCACGUGAUCGCCCUUUCGUUUACCAUCGGUUUUUCGUUCGUCCUAGUAUUCUACAUUGACUGGCAGGCGAUCUUCAGCUGUCGAUCAGAAGCUACUUGUGCAGACGUUCAGUUUUUCUACGAGAAACCCUUCGACAAUCUCAGCUUCUUUGGCCUCAUAUCCCUCUUCUACUUUAUGCUGGCGGGCGUAUACCUGGUGUACAACGUUUUCAAGUGUCUGGAGGAUUUGAAGCACGCGUUGGAAGCGAAUGCGUACUGCUUAGUUACAGUUUACUAGUAGGAAACUCUACGGGAGUACGAUACUGACCACCUAGAUCAUCAUCAUGGAUUACAACUCUUCAAUCUUUUUAUCUGAAAACCCUCAAGCGCUUCUAAGUAAUCUUGAUUAUAGACUCACUUUGUGUUUGUACAACAGGUUCUACAAGGACAAGCUGGGCAUCCCCUCUGAUGACGUCUUAGCCUGUAUGUCCUGGGCCGAAAUUAUAGAUCGGAUUCUCGUAGAGCAGCGUCGAUCGCCCUUCGUUGUGAAGCAAGACGAAUUGACCGCUCUGCAAGUCACGAACAUGAUCAUGCGCGAAGAAAAUCUCAUCAUCGGCUUGGUGAAUCUCGGCCACAUCACGAACCAUUUGCCCCCAUGGCUUCCAGUCAGAAUAUUCUAUUCGAAGAGUGUCAUGUUCGCUUUCAGGAACAUCGUGUACAAGACCUUCUUUGAUCAUCGGUCCAAAGUGGACCCAGGAAGUUUGAAACCGGAAAUCUUGUGCAACCACUUUCGGAUCAUAGGCCUCUUCGCGCUCAUAGGUCUGGGACCGAUCUGCGUUUUUGUUUUUCUCUACUUCUUCAUGCGCCAUGCAGAAGACUUUCGGUCACAUCGAAACAGUCCCUUGGAACGACAAUGGACCGGCUACGCAGAAUGGUUCUUUCGCGAAUACAAUGAACUUUAUGAAGGUCGUGUGGUGAGCUUUUGUACUUGACGAGACCUUUUGUACUUGACGCAAAAAAAAAAAAAAUUCCCUGCCCACGGACAGCACUAUCAAAGAAGGCACUAAUAUCAGAGACGAAUUUGCUCUUCUCCACAUGACGUUUCCCUAAUGCCUAUCACACUCCUUCUCUAAUGCCUAUCACACUCCUUCAAGCAGCGGAUGGAGCUGUCAAAGAAGGGUGCGAACGACAUAG